AUGGGGAAGAAAAACAAGAAUAGAAAUUUUUCAACAAAGAAAAACUAAUUCAAAUAGAUCAGCAGGACAAAGACGGCAGCUGUUUUUGAUGAAAAGGAGAGAAAGGAGUAUUUGACUGGGAUGUUUGGGGCUAAAUAGAAACGAAAAGAAGAAUACAUCAAAUUGAGAAAUGAGAAGCAUAAGAAAUUCAAUAAGGAGUAGAAAGCAUAAAUUAGAGAAGUUAAUAUUGACAAAAGUAUUUUUAGGAAAAGAAGAAACAAAUAGAGAGAUUACAAAAUCUAAUUGACUUUAAUAAUUCUUUGAGCAAAACCUAAUAGACAGAAAGUAUCAAGACUUCAAACAAUAAGGAGGUUGAAGUGACAACUACUUUUUUUCAUGAAUAAUGAUCAUAUAUAUUUCAUAU